AGAGGAUGACAUGUCUGCGGCACGUUAGCACUUUUCCUGUUAAUUUUCAGCUCACAGCCUCACACUUAUGCCAACGUAUAGGGAAGUGAACAUUUUCUCACCAUCCCUCACACACUGUGCUGUACUGAAUAAAAUCAUAUCAUGGUUAGCUACUGUCCAAUCUGUGGGAAGCCAGUCUACUUUGGAGAAAGGAAGAGAUCCUUAGGAAGAGACUACCACCCACUGUGUCUCAAAUGUCAAAAGUGUAACAGACAACUCAAUGCUGGACAACAUGCAGAGUAUGAUGACAAGCCAUACUGCUCCUAUUGCUACUUAAAGAUGUUUGGUCCUAAAGGUAACAGGUAACCAUUGGUAACCACCUGACCUACAAACCCACCAUUAAAGAAAAAAAAAAACAAAAAAAAAACUCACCAAUGGAUCAAGAUGACUUCAUCUUCUAAAGAUGGACAACAUCUACCAGCCAUGAUGAUCUAAAAAGUGGAAACCGUCCUCCAAAACUGUUUUGUAAUUACAUGUGGUUACUCUACAAUCGGACCACCGACAUUUUCCUCAACAAUUCA